AAAGAACGUGGCGAGCUAAGUGGCUGGGGGCUUUGAAACAAGUUUCGCAUGGUGGCAGCUAGCGCGGCCCUCGUAACUUCCAUAGACAUGUAAAUUAGCCACGAGCCCAGCUGCAAGACCCACCGGCCUCACCAUCCAAGCAGCACCAUCCAAGUAGUGUCAAAAUGUGCGGCAAUCCUAACACGCGACUGCUCUCGCGGCUUAUCAUCGACUUUCUGCUGCUCCUGGCUGUCUACUGCGUCGCUUUGGUGGUGCUGCCUCAGCAGCUGGCGACAGCUCAACGCGGCUUCCAUUGCAGUGAUGCCAGCCUGCGCUAUCCGUACCAUCAGCCUCGGCUGACCAAGGCGCACCUGACCCUGGCAGUGGUGGCGCUGCCAGCGGCGUUCAUUUUGGUCGUGGAGAUGCUGCGGGCUGCUCUUCUGCCCAGCUCGGCGGAAUUGAAGCAGCGUUUCGUGUUCGUCGGUGCUCGCAUUCCCAGCUUCAUCAGCGAGUGCUACAAAGUCAUCGGCGUCUACCUGUUCGGCUUGGGCCUGUCGCUCCUAGUUAUAAGAGUGAGCAAGUCUUCCACUGGCCGACUGCGGCCGCACUUCUUCGAUGUGUGUCAGCCCAGCUGGGGAGCUGCUGAAGAGGCCAUGGAAAGCUGCGCCUCGCAACCCAUAAGCAAUGCUACUCGCUACAUUGAGCACUUCAGCUGCACCGAGUUCGCUGCCUCACUGGAGCUGCUCGCACAGGUGCGUCACUCAUUCCCCAGCGGCUUUGUGACCACCACUAGCUACGCCAUGGUCUUUCUGAUCUACUACAUGCAAGCUCGACUCUUUGCGCCCUGGCUGAGAGUGUUGCGUGCUACGCUCCAGUUGGCCUGCGCAACAAUGGCUCUGCUGGUGUGUGUGGAGCGCCUCUCCACCUACCAAAAUCAUCUGUCGGAUGUGGCUGCCGGCCUAGCUGUGGGCUUCCUUCUAGCCUCAUUCAUGGCCAUCUUUGUGUCCCACCUGUUCAGACAAGUGAGAGUGAAGCGUCGUCAGUGGCCUCGAAAUGAACAGAUAUACGGCUAUGCAGGCUACUAUAAUCGCGCCACAUAUGGUUAUUGAACGAUAAGCAAAAACAAUUAUUCAAUAUCUGUAAACAAAAGCAGUCUUUGAUGUAGCUCAGCUAAGUAAUCAAACCAUAGCUAAGUUCUAAACCAAUAAAACCUUUCAACGACAAGCUUACGAUCCACACAGCAAGUGAUCACAAUCCACAAUAAACUUUACACUCAG